GGGCGCCGCCCCACCCCAACCGCAUCACUCCGCACUCGCGUCGCGCUAGUGGAGUGUCUGCUUGGCUGGCGGCUGGCUUCGCGGAGGAGUGAGCGAGUGAGCUUGCACCGAAACCGCAGUUAAAUUUCAGCACGGCAACGCGCGGCCCGGGCGCAGAUCCCUCCCUUCGCACGCUUGCUCUGCCCGUUCCCGGUGGGCUACGCGACCAGGGCCUUUUCGUGGUUUUCCGAGCUCUUACGCGUCCGCUCGGCUCGGGCGAUGCGGGCGGAUCGCGCGAUGGGGGAGGGGGGCAACAAGCGGAUCGACCUGGGCGCGCCGCUGCGUUCGGUGCACCGGGCCAACGCGCCGCCGCACUACAAGGCCGACCUCAAGUCCGGCCCCGUGCGGCACCCGGGCGCCGUGCCUUUCGUCUGGGAGCAGCGCCCAGGCCAGCCUAAGAGCGUCCGCACCCGCCGCCCGCCUCCGUCACCACCGCCGCGGACGACUUCUCAGACGCAGCCGGAGGUGAAAGGCGGUGAACGGGAGGUCGAUGUGAUUGCGAGCCCCUACUACGAUGCCCUGGGGGUGCUCGGUCCCCAGGCGCUUCAUGGCGUCGCCGCCGACGACUGCAGAACGGGCGCUGCGCCGCUCAAGGAGGAGAAGAAGGUGGCGGUGGUGGAGGCGAAGAAUGAAGUGAAGAGGCAGGAGGUUGUCGCGGUGGCUGCGGUACUACAAAAGGAAGAAGACGACGAAGAGGAGAGGUUCUCCGACGCGCUCGAGUCGCUCUCCCGCACAGAGUCCUUCACCAUGAACUGCAGCGUCAGCGGCCUCAGCGGCGUGCCGAACCCGGUCCCGGGCGCCGCGGCGGGCGCAGAGCCAGGCGCGCGCGGCUUCAUGAUGGACCGCUUCCUGCCGGCCGCGCAGGCCGUGGCAGUGGGCUCCCCGCAGUACACCUUCCGGAAGGCUGGCGCCACUGGCAACCCAGGCCGUGAGCAUGCGCGUGUGGCUGCAGUGAAGGCGAGCAGGGACAAUGGCGAUGAUCGGAUGAGGAGAGCGCCAGUCCAGCUGCCUUACCAGCAUCUGCCGCCCAAUUACUUGUCCUGCACCUAUCCGAGACGCGAUGAGGAGGAAGAGGAUGACGAUGACUAUGAUGUGCAUAAUACCAGGGGUUUUUCAUCCAAAGGGUGUGGUCUGCUCCCUGGGUUGUGUGUGAAAACCUCCUUGUUGCUCCUGAAUCCAGUGCCUGCGAUGAAGCGUGGCAAGGCGCGAGGACGAGGGAGAGACCGGCAGUUCCCGUCCAAAGGCAGGGGCAACACGGCACCGAGUCCGCUUGCCCGGAUCUCACAAAACAAGCAUUUAGGAUGUGAUUCCAAUGGGCAAUCCUGGGAGGAUGUGUAUAAACAUAAGUUGGAGCAGAAGUAUCUUGGUCAAGGAGAGGACGGGAGGAGCAAGUUGGCAAGUGAGUCGAACCAGCUGACAUUCUGGAGCGACUCGCAGACGGGGGAUGGGUCUUCACCAUUCCACCACUCCAUGGGCGGUGGCUUGUCUCCGUAUCGCAGCUAUGCUGUGAUGUCACCGUCAAGCAAAGCAAAUGGGUCAUUUGGAAUAGGAGAUAGAGAUGAGAAAGCAAUUCGGAGCAAUGGCUCUGGUUCACUUGGAAGAGACCAUGAUCGCAGCUCAUUGGCUGGAUCGGAUCACAGUAGUUUUAAGGGAUCAAGUUCCUUGAGCUCAGGACUGGAUAGAACAGGGCAUGAAGAUUCAAUGGAUCGCUAUGGAGAUAUUGAAUCAGAAACAAGCCACCUUAAUCAGCUUCUCGAUACAAAGGUAGCUUUGAAUGCUGACGUAUAUGACUCUCCACCUGAAGGACAACGGAUAGUCGGAAGGAACUCUACUGUGAAGGAUCAAGACAAUGAUCCAUUGACUGAAAAGAUAUCUGAAAUUAGAGAAUCCCUAUUUUCCAUGCCUUGUGGAAGCCCAGGAACGGUUAAAUUGGAUGAUGGAACACAUUUGAUGCAUGAUGCUAGUCAGGAGGUUCCACUACAUUUGGAAGAUACUAGUGUUGUCAAAAAAGAAAUUAUGCCUUUGCAAUCUCUGUUACCAGUCCCAAAAUCACCUUCAGAAUCCUGGCUUUCUCGCACUUUGCCGUCUGUGGCGAAUAAACUGCCUGUGGCAUCUUUUCUUGGAAUCCAAGUACAGUUGAAGAAACAAGCUCCCUGGGCCUCCAUGCAUCCAAAGGAGAAUGAUAAAAAACUUUCCAGGCCACGGCAAAUAAGAUUUGCAGAUGUGGUAGAGAGGCCAACUUCGUUGGAUCCUGAGAUAUGAUGUCGGCCCUCAAGACCGAUAUAUAUUCAUGAUGCUCAUACCUUGGAUGCCAUCAGGUCGUAGAUUUCACCAACGCCCAAUGGCUAUACGAAAAUCAAAAAUCCUAUAAAGAAGGGCCGUCGUUCAACGGAUAAAAGUUACUCUAGGGCCCAGAUGUGCCUCAUCAUUUUGACGUUGCAGUGACUUGGAGCGGCUGCUGGUUAUCCUUUUUCUGAUAAUUUGAAUUCACAUGCCAUGUCUGCUACAUUAUGUUCUGUAUGCUGCUAAUGGUAACUUGGUGGUGGUUUAGAUCUGUUGUAAAUCGUAUAUUUAUACAGGAGUGCUUCUGCUUGCUUCCUUACUGUCCAUAAUGAGAUCAUGUAAUACAAUUCAGUCGAUAGAAGAGUUGCGUUGAUCACAAAAUGUAAUUGCACCAGAUGUACCAUAGAAUAAAAUGUCAGAACAAGUCAGACUCCCAUUCCUGAUA